GAAGCAAGUCUUCGGUUUAUCUUUAUGAUCCCAUCAAAAGUUGUCAAAACAUUUGUGAAAAGAGAAAAUGUAUUAUCACCAUCUAAAAAAGAUUCUUCUUAUAUGGAGUUUUGCAGCUGUUGCAUUUCUUUCGCAAGGUCAAAUGACAACGGAAAUGACAACAAGUGCCUAUGAUGAAAAAGGCUUUAUAAACUUUUCGAUUGUAAUAGAAGAACAUGGGAACAUCAAACUUGUAAACCAGUCUGUUAUUCCAAUUCAAAUAGAAAUAUUUGGUGUGGUCGCGAACAAAUCGACUACCUUUGAAAUUUUUCUUAUAAACGCAAAAAGCGAAAACGCAACUCAGAUAUUCUGGCAGGAAGAGUAUAACAUGUCUACAAAUGGCAGAAAAACAGUUGAAUUUCCGAUAAAAGGAGAAAACUUCGGCGAUUUUGGACGCUACGCUGUUAAAUUUGUGGCCUGCUUGCAAAAUUCAAGCAAAGAGAAGGAGUCUGUAGCAUUUACAAUAUCUUAUAACGAAAUGAUUAGCCAAGUAAAUAUCACUUGUCCACAUUAUAUAAGGAUUGGCAGUCUUGCAAACUUCACAGCUAAUGUCGAACAAAGACGACACCGUUUAGGGCUCUCUUGGAAUUGGGUUAUAUAUGAUAUGAAUAUCAACAAAACAAUACAAACAAAUGACACAACGUCGCAGAGUACACAACAAUUUAACAUCUCGAAAGCGGGAAAUAUUGAAAUAUUGAUCACUGUUUCAAAUGAUGUUUCAAGCUCCUCAAACUCUUGUCGUAUUUUAUCGUUAAAUCCAAUAAACGGGUAUGAACUGUAUUCUAGUAAAGCGGUGUACAGCACAACAGAAACUGCUUUGUUUCGGAUUAAUACUACUACAACAAAACUCCCUGUAGGAUUGGUAAAUCUGAGUGUUUAUUUACCUGUUUACUUACCGAGAGCACUUAACAAUACCAAUGUGAGCAGUUUUGAGUUUAAAUACAAUUUCACAAAACAAGGCAGAUACACAGUUUUGAUGGAACUUCGAUCAGAAAUCGAUGCUAAAAACAUAUCAAAAGACGUCCAAAUUUGGGAUGAAUUGGAUCAACUUAAGGUAAAACCUUCUACAGAAUAUGCCAGAGUUGGAGAAAGGGUGAAUAUUUCUUUGCAAAAUCCUCCGCCUUCAGCAUUUCAUUAUAUCUUCUCGUUUGGCGAUGGAAGCAAAAUAAACAAGACGUCAGGACCUUUUAAUGAAACUUUUAUGUCGUCAUCGUUUGAAAAGAACUACAGCAAUCCAGGAAUGUACAAACUUUGCAUCUCUGCAUGGAAUGAAAAAUAUAACAAAACACAUUUGGUCAAUGUUUAUAUUCAACAUCCAAUACUACACCUAAAUAUCACACCUGAAAAAUUCAAUGUCCCUCUUCCAGAUGGAAUUGUCGACUUUGUCGUUACACAUUCAGAAAAACCACUUCCAACUAAUGUAACAUGUAAAAUUGAUUAUUAUGACGGUUCUCACACUGAAACUGAACUUCAUGCUUUUAACUUUGGUUUUACCUUUCGCAUUACAUUUAGAACCCCUGGUCAAUACACAGUAAAUGUAACUUGUCAGAACGAAGUAAGUUCAUACGGUUUGGAGGCAUAUGUGGAUGUAACCGAAAUCAAAAUGAGUGACAUUUCAUAUGUAUACCAAAACCCAUCUCCGAUGAAUAUGUCAAGAAAUUCAACAUUUCCAUUUGAACCAUUCCCAGUUUCAACUAAUGUGACAUUCAAGCUUGUUCUCUUCAACUGUUCCAGAUUACCGCAUGAUUUAAAUGAAACAUGGGAAAUUAUUAGUCAAAGUUAUGUGACAUUUUACAACAGGACGGACUUUACCCGGAUACUUACCUUUAACAGCAGGCAAACUUUUGAUCUAAAAGUCUUACUUGAAAUGGGAAAUGAUAAUCAUCAGCACGAAUUGAACAUUACUAUGGGAAUAAUUGAAUUAUUCUGCAAUAAGACUAUAAUAAAUCUUCAGAAAGAGUCAUUCCAUAUCAAAGUCACGGUAGCGAAUGAUUUAAAUGGAGAAACAAAUACGUCCACCAAUGAUUUAACAUUUGAGAUAUUAGAAGAUAAACCAGGAGAAACACAAAGUAAAUAUCUUGAUACGUCAACUUUUACAUUAAACUAUACAGACUUUGGGUUUUACAUGCCAAGGUUUACUGCACGAGGAAUUAAUUUUAUAGAGGAAAUAUACCUCGAUUAUCCGUUAAUUGCCGAUUACGAUCUUCAGAACAAGAUUGAGCUACACACAACUGCUGAAGCAAAUAACGAUAUUAUAUACUUACCACCUGGAAACAUUAACUACGUAAUUCGUUCAGUUUUUGACAAACCAUUGCCGUUCGUUAACUGUACAUUUUGUUCUGGAGAUGAGGUAAAUCGCGUUGAAUACUAUGUUGAAAAAAACAUCACAGAUCAUAGCCCUUUAGAACAAAACCAUACGUAUACCGAUCUUGGAAAUCAAACGAUCGAAGUUAAAUGCAAGAAUUUCAUAUCGAGGGUCAGUCUACAAAAAAAGGUAGCCGUUAUCAACACUUGCUUUGGAGACGAAGGGAUAUUUGAGCGAAGGUUUUCUAUGAAAAACGUUAAAAUGAAAAUUACUGAUGCAAGUGAAGUAUACAUUGUAAACAGAAUGAGCGUUUUCAGUAUCAAUGAAAAUAUCUAUUUUCAUUGGAAAAACUGCGAGUCAUUAUCCACAAGGAAGGGCGUCUGUUUAUUCAAUGCAAAAGGAACUUUGGCAGGAGUGAUUGAGGUAGUCUUAAAUGUAUCUGUUCCUACAUGUAUUAUAGAUGAGAGGAAAUCCUACAUAUCUGAGCCAAUGUUCAUCGAAAUCCUUCCCUCUAUCCCUGUUGCUUACAUUAUUGGAGGCGAAUUGAAAUAUGUACAUUUAAAUGAUAACAUUACCUUUCAAGGCAUGAUUACAAAGAACAACAGAAAUUCAAACUACGAAUGGGCAAUAAACAGUAAACCGACAGGCGAAAACAAUUCGAUAUUAUCCUACCAGUUCAACACCAUCGAUGACUUUAAUGUUACUCUAAAAGUAAAUGGAAGUGCCACAUUUAUGCAGAGAGUCAGCGUUCUCAGCAAGACUGCCAUCAUUCCUGUGAAACACUUAAGGUGUAUUGUGAAUUGUGUCAUCUUGAACAACAUAUCACCCCAAACAAAAUUGGCCCUUGCCAGCGAAUGCACAAAUUGUUCAGAAAAAGCAUUAACUGUAAAUUAUAGUUGGUCAGUGUUUGAGGAGAAUCAACCUUUUAAUCUAACCAACAAAACAUUGACAGGUAUAAGUGGACCAGAUUUCUCCCUAAAGGAGGGUACUCUAAACCCAGAAAAGGACUACAAAAUAGUACUGACCGUUGGUAAAGAAAACUAUAUCACACCGUACAAUUUAACGAUGGUUUUAAAAACCAGCAAGACAGGACAGGAUAUUUUCAAUGGAUUUUGUAAUGCUACAUUUAUACCUGAAAAAACUGCAGUCAGUGCUAUGUGUACAGAAUCGCUGACAAACAGUCGUGUGGUUUUUAGCUAUCUUUUUGAAACAAUCACAAGGCGGUGGACAGCAUAUGGGGAAGCAGAAGACGUCAUAAACUAUCUAUAUAAAGGAUACGAGGGUUCUAUCUACGAGGUCCCCAUUCAAGUAGGAGAUGAUAAGUUCGAAAAUAAUGUGACAUUACGCAUCAGAAUAUUCAAUGAAAAUGGCGAUUUUUGGACAUUCAUGACGGUUUUUCAGAAUGUUAGAAUCCCUUCUCAAUAUUUUCCCACUGGAAUUGAGGAUGUAAAGAGGCUUGAAAAUCUUUUCCGGGAUUUCAAUAAAACCGUCAGCUACAUUCGAGCAGGAGGUGAUACGAUGAGAACUUUCCGAUACGUAGGAUCUGUAGCAUCAAUGUUUGCUAAACACAAACGGAAUGAAUCCGUUACAACAGAGGAAGAUAUUUUAAAAGGAGCAAAAUAUGUCAAAUUUUACAAAGAGUCGCCAACAGAAAAGAAGUAUAAGGAGAUAAUUUCACAUAUGAUUGAAGUCUUAACUGAGGAUAGUGGAAGUUGUACGAAGGAAAACUACAUCAAAUUUAGUCUGAUAGAUAUACAACAGAUAUUUAGUUCCAUCGGUGCACUGGUUAGAGAGCCAUCCUAUAUUUCCCUAGAUAUGUUGGAAAACAAUUUGAUAGAACUUGUUGAAAAUAUGACCGAGUGCUUUACAAUGCGAGUGGAUGAAACCAUGAAGCCAUUACCAAACGACUACAUCGAGCCCAUUAUAGAAAUUAUGAAACAUAUUGUGCGAAUUGUAAAUGUUAUUGUUGAUGUGAUGCUUCCAACAAAACCGAAGGAUUAUAGUAUUAUAAGUUUGGAGACAAUAGAGACUGGACUUAGAACUAAAAAACUUAGAUCCGAACAACAGCAUAUUUUGAUACAAAGGAAUUUAACAGACCGGGACCUCACCGAAAUAAAAGAAAAAAGUCAACUUCUCAUGAAAUUGUAUGAGCAUGAGAAUAAAACACAAGAAAUACAGAAGAAAAUUGCAGAAAUAUACUUCCAUAGGCUGCAGGACGUGAUAAUGAGUGUUCAGUCUGUUGUAAUGUCCACGAUGGUAUUAGGAGAACAAAUGGAGUUUCAUCAGCAAUAUCUCAAAGUCUUAAUGAAAAAGAUUACAAUCGAUGUUUUCAAGGCAGAGAAGGCGGCAAAUUUGAAUUAUCAACAAUUUGUUGUAGACAUUAAUAACACUUCUCCUCACUCUGUUAUCGAAGUCAAGAUCUGUGUGUUUGGGAAGAAUCCGUUAAUAUACAGUUAUAAUGCUAGUAGCCUGACCUCUGACGUACUCGUGUCUAAUUUUGGAAACGGAACUGUUGUAGAUGUGAAAUUGGAAAACAAAGGAAUAAGAAAACCAUAUAAAUUCACUCCUUUAUAUAGUGAUAAUUUAGACGAAAAGAUAACGCACUUUUAUUUUGACGUCGAAAACGACGAUGACGCAAUUCUAAUUUAUUUAAAGCCAGAGGAUUUCGACAUCAAUGAUAUUGAAAACAGGACAAUGUAUAUGGUAUACGUAUCGCAAGAAUCUUUUCCAACAACAUCAUCUGUAAUGAACAAAGGUCAUUUUAGAUCCUCCGUCAGAAACUGGGACUCUGAACUCGGAUACAAAAUAUUUGUUCCGGCUAAAGUGUGCCCCAGUGGAAUAUGUUACCUUGGCAUCAAACCCAUCGAAGUUGACUGGACGAAAAAGACGUCAUUCAUGCCUCUGAAUAACGAUCGAUACAACAAAUCUCAACGUGCAUCUGACAACAAAAAUACAUCAUAUUUUGACCCAGAGGAAGCCAAUUUCACACUACAGAUCAUAACCACAGCAUGUAGAUCAUGGAAUAAGGACUCAAACACGUGGGAUUCAGAAAACUGUCAAGUCUUACCAAUGACCACAAUUGAUGAAACAUUCUGUCGUUGUGCAGGACAUAUUUUUUCAACAACUUUUAACAUCCCGCUAAAUUUGAUAGAUCUGUAUCAUGUUUGGGACAAAUUUGAUGCGAAAAAUGCCACCGUGUAUGGAACCAUCAUUGCUUUAUUCGUCAUUUACAUUGUGUUAGCUGUGAUCUUGCGUCGAGAAGAUAUGAAAGAUAUAGACAGGUGGUCAGUCUCUUUUCUGUCCGAUCAUGACGCAGAUGACAGUUAUUUUUAUAAGAUAACCGUUUUCACGGGGCUUCGAAGACACGCAGGAACUACCUCUAACAUUUUUUUUGUACUGAGUGGUUCACAGGAUGAUUCUAGGACGCGCUCUUUGCAUGGGGGUGUUCGAAAGGGGUUAUCUUCUGGCAGCAUAGUUACAUUUGUGUUCGGCACCCGACAUAAUUUAGGUGACCUUGAGUACAUCAGAAUAUGGCAUGACAGUUCAGGAGAAGGAUCUUUACAAGACUGGUAUCUCAAUAAAAUAGAAAUAACUGACAUUCAAACAGAUGAACGGGUUGUGUUUCUGUGUGAGACUUGGCUAUCCUUAACCCAAGAGGAUGGACAGAUAGAACGCCUACUCCCAGUUUCGACAAUUGAAUCGUUGACAACGUUUAAAACGCUUCUUGCCCAACAAGCACAGAUAAAUGUUACUGAGCACCACCUUUGGUUAUCUCUCCUUUUACGACCACAGAGAAGUAGAUUUACGAGGGUACAACGACUGUCAUGUUUGAUGGCCUUACUCUUUUUGAGCAUGAUUUCCAAUGCUAUGUUCUACAAAUCAAACGAAGAGGCUGCUAACACUUUCGCUCAAAUUGGAGUAUUUAGAAUAUCUCCCACAACGUUAUUUGUUUCCUUGAUUGGAAUCGUAAUAACUACUUUUCCAAUAUUAUUUAUCACAGUUCUUUUUCGAAACAGACAAUUAAGGCAAGGAUCUCUGAACAUCAAAGGUCAACUUGAUAAAAAAGAGAAAAAUGAUGAAGAUGUGUUUGCUAUUCCUGAAACAUAUAUCAAGGAACAACAAAGAUUAUUGCCGUAUUGGAUUGUUUACGUGGCAUGGAUAAUGUUAACGAUAAUUGUUGCUGUAUCUGCGUUUUUCCUAUUGCUAUACAGCAUGGAAUGGGGAAGCUCCAAGUCUGAAGAGUGGCUUUCUUCCUUUAUUUUAUCGUUUUUAGAGUCAAUUACACUUAUUGAUCCAAUAAAGGUUUGUUUUGUGGCAGUUUUGUUUGCAACAGUGUUCAAAACCAUUAUAUACGACAUGUCUGCAGAUAUUGAUUUAGAUCAUUUAAAAGAACUUUCUCAAAACUUUAAACAGUCAUCGACAAAACAAUUUGCAGCAUUUGCAAGCAGCAUUCUUAAAAAUCCAAUUCAAUUGACUCAAGAGGAUAUCGACAUGAAGAGAGCAAAGAGGCAACAAGAAAAGAGAGCUAAGAAGGCAUUAACUAAAUUAGUCAUAUCUGCUGUAUAUCUUUCUGCGCUGUACUCUAUAAGUUAUCUGGAGAGAGAUGAUAGAUCGUUCGACUACAAAUCCAAUAUCGAGAACUACCUGGAUUCUAAUGGACAUGGAAAAGGAGGGUUUUCAUCGAUAAAGAAAAUUGAGGAUUUCAUCAACUGGCUAAACAAAACUUUUGUUCCUACAAUGUACCCGGAAACAAACUAUGCAAACAGAACGUUAAGCGAAAAAGAUAAGCAGAUGUUUAAAGACGAUGCGAGUGUCCGAGUUGGGCCUGCUCAGCUACGGCAAUUACGAACUGUACCUGCAGAAUACUGUUCUGUAAAGAAAAUAACGUGGCCAUACCCAUGUAUACAUGGAUAUGAAAAUGAAUAUGCAGACACGGCUAAAUAUUGUGAAAAAUGGAAACCCUAUGAACCAAAAUGUGCAGUUUUCACAAACCUAGAGAACCGAUUUACCGCAGGCGCUUGGAAAUACACAAAUGCAGAGAGCAUAUGGGGAACUCCAAAAACAGGAGAAUAUGGAACAUAUGAUGGGGGAGGGUACAUUUUGCGCUUCACAAAGGAUAAAGACAAAGGACAACUACUUAUCAAGGAUAUGAUUGAACAAAAUUGGAUCGAUCGGCACACACGCGCCAUUUUUGUAGAAUUCACCUUAUAUAAUGCAAAUAGUAAUCUGUUUGUUCAUGCCAUUUAUUUAACGGAGUUUUUGGAGACAGGUGGUAUAGCAAAAUGGACAGAAAUACAAGCAUUUCGGCCAAUUCUUAACUCAGAUAUGGUUGGUAACUUUACUAUUCUUUGCUAUACGACUUCCAUUUUAUUCAUUCUGAUAACAACUGUACAAGUUAUUUUCAAUAUUAAGCUCCACGGUGGUUCUUUCUUUUUGCAUCCAUGGAGUUGGGUAAUUAUUUUGACCAUUUUCCUAGGCUACGUAUGUGUAGCUGUGUACAUUGUCAGAACAACGUUUACAAAGGAAGCGAUGCAAUUAUUUUACGAUAAAUUAUCAACACAAGAAGAUAAGUUUAUCAAUUUCAACCACAUUAUAAUAUGGGACAACAUUUUCAAUGCUGUGUUUGCAACUCUUGUUUUUCUCUCAACACUCCAGCUUUUGAACAUCCUUGGAUACAAUAAAAGAUUUACCCAGAUUAUAUCGGUCGUAGUCAAUGCAGGAAGCGACAUAGGCGGAUUUGGGUUCAUUUUUCUCAUUAUCUAUGUAAUGUUUGUUGUACUUGGAACGCUUUUAUUUGGAGUUCAACUUCGGGACUAUCGAGAUCUUCUCACUACAUGUGGAACAUUGGCAAACAGUUUCAUAGGAAAGAACAACGUUAGGUCGAUGGUCUCUGCAGUUCCGACUUUUGCCGAAUUCUUUUAUGUUAUGUACAUGUUUUGUGUGAUCAUGACUUUGAUCACAAUAUUUGCAGCAAUCUUGAAUAACAGCAUUUCUCACGUCAAGGCAACUCUCAGUGAUGAAUUCGACAAAAUUGGUAUAAAGUUUUACAUCAGUAAAACGAUCAAAGACAUUUUUGGGAUGGUAUUAAGAACAAAGGCGGAAAAGCCUAACUUAACCAAAGGAAACAAGCACAAUAAUUUAAUGUCCACUGACGAUGAAGUAUUUAACAUUAUACAUCUAUUGAGCAGAACUUUACAUGGCGCCAUGGGUAUAACUGGUGAGAAAAAUGGUAAUAAAUACAUGGAAACGAAAAAAUGUGAAUCCAAUGAAACAAGUGGAAGAAGAUUACAAGAUAAGGAUAAAUGGAAAACAAACACUGAAAACGAUCGGUACAAGCGAGAUAAAUAUGAUCAUAUUGAUGAAAUUGCAUUGAAGUUUUUUUAAGAUAAAUAUUUUAAAUACGGUUUUUUUUAGUUUUAUUGUUAGCUUUUAGAAGUAUUUUUUUUACUGGAAGUAUUAUCCUAAAAUGACAGGAUGGUGCACAAAUGCCAACUUGCUAUCUGAAUUAUUUGUUUGGAAUUUAAUAGAUAUUGCUAUUACAAAGCGACACAAAUUUUCAUUUAAACAUUCAAUAGAUAUUGCUACUGCAAAGCAACACAAAUUUUCAUUUAGACGCUUACUUUCUUGGAAUGCUGGAUACAUAUAUCUACAGCCAACUUUUGUUUUCUUUCAUUGUCACCUUUUAUAAUAGCAAUGCAUUGCUAACUGAAGCAAAUUAUUUCUUACACUGGUUUGCAAAAAAAUCCUUAUUCCGUUACAUCUAUGAAAACACUGGUACACUGACGUUUAGCUAGGGUUAUGUCUCAAAAGAAGUAUAACAAUUUAUUUUGAUUAAGGUAAACACAUACCGUUUAAAAUUGUGUUUAUUAUUAAACAGGGGACUCUUAUUUUCAAAUUUACGAUGUCUAAUUGUUUUGAUGGGUUAAAUCAAAUAAAAUUAUUAAUAGUGUUAUUUAAAUUGUAGUCAUGUAAAUAUCAAUAUCGUAUUUGAACGUCUAUGAAAAUUAACGUGAAAUGAAAGCAACCGACCACGAAUAUUCCUGCACCCAAUUACUUUGAUGUCUUUGAUAAAGACUUUGUAUAGUCAACAAAUUAUCUAUCAGAUAUACCUAAAAUUUUAAAGUAUUAUUUGUGUAACUAUAAAUUAUUAUUUAGUCAAGAAAUUUUCCAAUAUUUAAAUAUUUUAUAAAGAGCUCUUCUUCUAAAGUAGAUCUAAAAAUGGCUACGACCAUCAAACCCUCUUAAUGACAUUACAUACAAGUGUACGUUGUUUGCAUAUGGUGAUUGACAUUUGUUUCUGACUUGUAAAUUGUUGAUUAUUAAUUCUAUUGUAUUUGACGCUCUAGAUUUAGAAUGAAGAACGUUUUACAUUUUUAUCUGAUAUAAAAUAUAUUUAUGUUACAUGAAUAAAUUACAAAUCUUUAAGCUGAAAACCAGUAUAAUGACAAUUGAUAAAAAUUGGCUUAUUUCAGAAAAUUUUAUCAACCUUGGACAAAUUCAACAACAAGCACGGGUAUUACUAAAUGAAUUUUCGAUAUUCAGCACUCCUAUUUUUAUAGAUAUAUUCGGCUGUAUUUUAUCUGGAUUUGCUAUGUUUUCUCAUAAAACCGUAAAUUUUUUAUAGCAUACUUAAUGCCUAGGAAAAGAGAUUUUGUGUUUUCGUUUCGAUUAUUGGUGAAACUUCAACCCGGUGAAAACAC